UGCCAUCGAGGCGUCCUGGCCCUCUGCAGCCACUACUUCCACGCCAUGUUCUCCGGUGAUUUUGCCGAGAGCAUCGCAGCACGGGUGGAGCUGAAGGAGGUGGACCCUGGAGCGCUGGAGAUGCUGCUUGACUUUGCCUACACGGGGAAGGUCACCAUCAACCAGGGCAACGUGGAGGGGUUGAUGCGGACCUCUAGUCAGCUCCACUUUCCCACUAUCCAGAAAGUCUGCAGCCGCUACCUCCGGCAGCAGAUGGAUGCCACCAACUGCCUAGGUAUCUGCGAGUUUGGUGAGAGCCACGGCUGCCCUGAGGUCUCCUCCAAGGCCUGGUCUUUCUUGCAGGAGAACUUUGAAGCCGUCUCUCAGCAGGAGGAGUUUCUCCAGCUCUCCAAGGAGAGGUUGACCAUCUACCUCUCCAAUGACCAGCUGCAGGUGCAGGAAGAGCAGAGCCUGGCUGAGGCUGUGCUGCGCUGGGUACGCCACGACCCAGGGUCCCGAGCCCAGUUCCUGCCUGAGCUGCUGGAGCUGGCCCACCUCGUCUUGCUGCCUGACCAGUACCUGCAGAACCUGCUUGCCACCGAGCCCCUCAUCCGUGACUCAGAUGCCAGCAAGGCCCUCGUCGCCCGAUCUCGUGCCACAGGGCAGAGUGAUGCCAGUGCCCAGAAGAACCCCCUAACCCCACCGCAGAAGCUGGAGGAGGUGCUGGUGGUGGUCGGCGGCCGCGUGCUGGAAGAGAACGAGGAUGAGGAUGGGGGGUUGGAUAUGCCAGUUGCUCCCAGGAAUUUCGCUUUCUACAACCCCAAAAGCAGGCAAUGGAUGGCUCUGCCCGACUUCCCUGAUUACAACAAAUGGGGCUUUUCCCUGGUGGCUCUGAACAACGAUGUGUACGUCACAGGCGGAUCCCGGGGGUCCCAGAACGACACAUGGUCGACGACCCAGGCUUGGUGCUUCUGCCCCAGGGAUGGCGCCUGGAAUCCCAUUGCUUCCAUGCUGAAAGCCCGGACAAACCACACCAGCGCCGUCCUCAAUGGAGAGAUCUACGUCAUCGGGGGGACGACAGUGGACGCAGUGGAAGUGGAGCGCUAUGACCCCUAUAACAAGAGCUGGUGCGCCAUCAGCCCAGCCCUCAAGUAUGUGAGCAAUUUUGCUGCUGCCAGCUGCUUGGGCAAGCUCUACCUGGUGGGCUCCUGUGCCGUCAAGUACAACGCUCUCACCCUGCAGUGCUACAACCCUGUCCAAGAUUUGUGGAGUGUGAUCACGUCCCCCUUCAUCCCCAAGUACCUCUCAGCCCCGCGCUGUGCCACCCUGCACGGGCUCAUCUACCUCAUCGGGGACAACACCAAGAAGGUCUACAUGUACAACCCGGAGGCCAACAUCUGGCAGAAG